AUGUUUAUUUUUACUACUUAUGAAGGCAUAGGACAUUUUAGGUAUUUGUAUUUCACUGCCACACUGUUGGGUUAUCUUCUGAUAUUUUUUUUAAAUAUUGUUCUUAUAUCAGUAAUUAUAAGAGAAAGAAAACUCCAUGAACCCAUGUAUAUAUUCAUUUGUAACUUGUCCCUGAAUGGGCUGUAUGGUAGCACAGCAUUUUAUCCUAAUAUCUUAACUAACCUCUUGUCAGAAACACCCUCCAUAUCUAGAGCUGGCUGUUUGACGCAGGUAUUUUUUAUGCACACAUAUGCAUCCUUCGAAUAUUCGGUUUUGGCCCUGAUGGCGUAUGACCGAUAUUUGUCCAUAUGUCAUCCACUUAUGUACAACAGCAUUAUGACCCCGUCAAAGAUCAUUCAGCUUUUAGUGUUUGUAUAUAUGUACCCCAUUCUUAUUAUGCUUAUACAUCUAAUUCUAACUAUUCGGUUGCCUCUCUGUGGGUUUAUAAUAGAAAAAGUCUAUUGUGAUAACUGGUCAGUUGUCAGGUUAUCAUGUUCAGAUGUGUCUAUUAAUAGUGCCUUCGGUUUGAUUGUCAUAAGUCUUCUUAUAUGUGUACCGUUUCUUGUUGUUUUGUACUCUUAUGUCAGAAUCCUGGCAGUGUGUUUGAAAUCUACAAAGGAAGCUCGUGCUAAAGCUCUACAGACCUGCACCCCUCAUUUACUGAGCUUCACAAACUACAGCAUUGCUGCAUUUUUUGAAGUUAUUCAGCAUCGUGUUGAUUUAACAAAUGUGCCUCAUAUUUUACGAAUUUUAGCAUCUAUAGAUUGUGUGUUGCUUCCUCCUGUUUUAAAUCCUAUCAUCUAUGGAGUGAAAUUGCAAGAGAUAAGAAGGAGGACCAUGAAAAUGUUCUUUGGAAGAAAAGGAAAUCAUGUUGAGCCACCAGUGGGAAUCAAACAGAAGGUCAUGUGUAUUUCACAUAUGAAGUGA